UCGCUUUCCGGUCACUGUUAUGUCUCCAUGCCGUGCAGCUGUCCUUGGAAAGUGUCUCGUGUGCGGCUCGUGGGAAAGAUGCGGAGAACAGAUGUCACCAACUGAAGCUUGCUGCUGAAAACAACACGGGAGCCAAAAAAAGGAAGAAAAUAAAAGCCAUGGCGUCUCGUUUCCUGAAGUACUCCGUGCUUCUCCAGAAGUACCGCACUCCGCUGCUCAUUGCGAGCUGCGGUGGAGUCUUCGCCGCCAACAUGUUCUACCACGUUUUCCCUGACGUCUCCUACCGUCAGCUCUAUCAGGCCUGGCACCGGGGGGAGCCGGUCGUGCUGUCGGAAAAGCUGGAAAAUCUUUUUCAGCAGGUGCUGAAGGACUAUGGCGUCAGCUCACCCAAGAAUGUCUCGGCCUUUGCGUCCUUUGGCUUCCAUCCGGUUGGCGCUGGCGUCCCGUGGCUUCCUGCGGGGGCCCAAAUCGGCAUCCCGGCUAACUUCAACAGCACCGCCGACGACCCGAGUGGAAUUACCAAUCGCAACAUUUUCAUCAACGGCAAAACGGUGGACUGGAGCAGUGAGUCCGGUUCGACUCUAAAGGAGGCGCUUGUGUUUUCCCUCGAUGCGCAGAAGUUCGCCAUAGCGCGCGAGGUGGCCCGCUUGCAGUCCGGGGGACCCGUCAUGAGCGCUGCUGUCGCUCCGUUCUGCCUGGGAGGGGUUUGGGUGUACAGCGUGGUGCUGAAGCAGGUUUUCGGGCUGUACGGCGGGCCUGCGCUGCUACGCGGGGCUGUGAACAUCAUUGCGCUUGGCAUUGGUGCUGUUUCCUACUUCCUCACCUCGGACGCCGUCAGCCAGUGGCUUGACUAUAGCUCGGACCGACGUGCGGCCGGAGUGUCCCGCGAUUACGCCAAAGGAGGGGUGGAGUUUUACGAUAAAAUUCUGUCCAGAAACAAAACGCUGCGCUCGCUGAUGGGGCAGAAGGGAGAGGAUAUGUACGCUCCCAGUGGGAACUUGUUUCCUGCUCACGUCUUUCAGCUGAAACACACGCCGUACACCUCCAGGAGGGAGCAGAUCCUCGCUCUGCUGAAAGAGGAGAAAGUAUGAGAGGAGGGCUAGCGAUGGGAACUAAACUAGCAAGACUUUGCAUGUUUUUUCUUAAAAUUAUGUCAUCACGGAUGUGCUGAAUGUAAUUUGUAAUCAGCAAAGUCCUGAGGGGUCGUGUAUUUGCUGACUUUAUGCAACAACGAUGGCGUGUAGGGCACAGUGUACCAAUAAACUGUUUCCCUGCC